CUCCAUUACCGUCGAGUGGGGAAGCAUCGUGGACUGGAGUGACAGGCCCGGACAAUAGAGCAAUUGCGAAGGGCUUUGGGCUUUGGCCGCGGGUGUUCUUGUCGACCCUGGGAAAUUAUUUUUGUUGAAUAUCUCCCACCCUUACGAUGUUUGCAAAAGCAACCAAGACUUUUGUGAAGGAGGUUGACUGUGGAGGAGACUUAAUCUCUGUGUCAUCCCUGAAUAACUUAGAUAAAUUACAGUUCUUGAACUUAGUCACAAAGAAAAAGAAAACAUGGUGCUGGCAAAAUCCAAAGUAUCAUCUCUCAUCAGUUUCAUUGAAUGAUCUGCUUUCUGAAGACAUGCAUGAACCUAUAAAGCCAGUUAUUGUAGAGUCUGACUUUGUGAAGUAUGAAGGCAAGUUUGAAGACUGCAUCAGAGGAAGCAUUGAUACGUCAUUUGGAAGAAUUAAUUUAGGAACUGGAGCAAGCGAUGUUGUGGAAAGUCUGUCCUCUUUUGGAAAUCUUAAAAAGCAAGAACUUGACUUGCACAAGCUUAUGAAAGAUGUGAAGGGAAGGACAAUAAAUCUACAGACUUCGUUGUUGGAACAAAUGCUUGAAAGAAAGAAUGAUGUCCUUUGUAUCCUUAUAGAAAAAAUAUUGACGACUCAGAAAUGUUUAAUAUCCGAACAUAUUCAAAAAGAGGAAAAACUUGCUGGAAUGGUGGGAAUAAGUACAAAAAUUAUAAAGAAUUGUGCCUCCUUCAUGACCAACAAGGUGGUUUUGAAAGGGGGGCUAUAGAAGGGCCAUCUUAUCAUUCUUCGGCCUUCAAAGAGGCUUGCUGCCCUCAUCUUUUUGAUGUUGUGGAUAAUGAGAAAUUGUCUGGACCUGACAGCCCUAUUCCAAGUAAUACUUCACUUAACAUUCUAAGCAAAGAUGUUCUCCAAUUAAAGAGCCAGUUCCAACCGUUUAUGAAUUUAUCAGAAAAAAAGCAGAGAUCUUUAUACCAAAUGAUCUGUGACCUUUUGCUUCAUGAAGAAAAAGUGAUGCAACUAGAAAAUGUGCUGGACAGUAUAUGUUCUGAGGGGAGUCCAGGAAACAUAGCAAUGGAGGAAUUGAAGUCAUUAGAGAAACCAUAUAUAGAAGAAUUUCUACAGCUUGUGGGUGUAGAUUUACAGAGCAAACAACAGGUUCACAAUAAGGAGCUUUUCCUAGCUGCUCAUUUCCUCCUCAGUGCUCUGGCAGAACUGUCAAGUUAUUCUCUAUGUCUGCUGAUAGCCUGCUGUGACCUCCAGCUUGUCCCUACCCUGUGUUUCUUGCCUAAUAUGACCUCAGAAGAUGGUACAGUGACACUUGCAGACCCUGUACUGGCUUCACUUGCUGACCCAGGAAAGUUUCGGAUAGCACAAAGGCUAUUCGCUUUAUCAAACAUUAACCUUGAAAUGAUGGAAUCUUCUAUCAAAGCUACAACCAUGAAAAAAUCCAGCUUUUCCCCAGUCGUUCUAUAUAUAGCAUUGAAUGGCCUCCAUGCAUUAGGCUGUGAAAAAGACAAGAACUGAUGAAGCUGUUUCAAUAGUUUAAUACUACAAGUAUCUCUGUUUAAUGCCUCUUAAUUAUGAACCCACUAGAUUUGUCUCCAUGCAAUUGGAAUAGCUGCCAAUGGGCUAUGUUAUUGGAGCAAGGCAAAUGCUGAAAUUAAUUAUAUGAAUGAAAAGAUGCAAAGAUAAAAAAGAAACCCAUGCAGGGAUACUUGGCGAGAUGUUUGAUUCUCCUGUAUUAUUUUAAAGUUUAGAAAGAUUACGUGUCCUCACUUUUCAGCCAUUUAUUCAGCAACCAUUCAAAGUUACAACAGUGCAGAAAAAAGUAAUUUUAUGGUUCAUUUACCGCCAUUCACAACCUUCACAGCAUCCCUCAGCCAUAUGAAUGCCAUUACAGCUAGUGGCAUGGACCAGACCUGUGAUUUUUCUUCUUCUUUCAUAUAUCCCUCACCCCUUGGAGAGAGAGAUUUCAACAAAGCAAGUUCUUUGCUGUUCUACAUAUUAUCGUCAUACUGGCAGUAGGAAAGGAGAAAUUGCCUGCAAAAAUUGCUUGGUUUUUUUUCUUCCCAUCCCACCCACAUGUGAGUGGAGGGUUUGGAGAAACGGAUUUCAAGAGAAUGGCUCCAGUCCUAGUUUGUGACACAGUUGCAUUGCUUUUGAUGCAUACAAGAUAGCGAGGUCCAUUUAGCAAUGGCUUCAUUUAGCACUGGACUUGCCAUUGAAGAAUUCCUUGUACUAAUUAUUGUGCUUCAGUACUAAUCUUAUUUUCCUUAUAAACUAGAACAGCGGCUCUAAUCUUUUGGGCACCAGGGAUCUGUUCUAUGGAGGGAGGUUUUUCCGCAAACUGGAGGGAGGUGGUUUUGCAUGUUGCCUGCAUCCCAGGGCCCAGUGCUGGUCCACAGGUUGGGGACCCCUGAAUUAGAGUGUACAACAGAGUGUAUUCAAAACUGAGCAAAGACCAUCAUGUAGCAGGAGAAUAAUUGAAAGGACCAUUUAAGCAAUUAACAUUAAAAAACAGCAGCACAGAAAUAAAGUUAAAGCAUGAUCUGAAAUGUUGGGACUUUCCUUUGGAGCCAUUAUUAGAUUAGAGCCAAAUGUCACAAAAGAUGUAGCACGUUUCCAUGUGUUUUUCUUUAUGGUGUGGUAGAGAAGCUGGGAAUGGCAGCAUCCAUUUUGAGAAUCAUAUUUUUAAUCUUUCUAGUUAUAAAGGAAUUUUUAUUUACCCUAUUUGAUUCAUGUGAAGUGUACCAAAAUUCCAGGUCUCAGAGCUUCUUGUUUUAGAUUGAGGAGUUGGGGGGGGGGGAUGUAUGUUAAGGAGUGAAAUGUAAUCUUUGUGAAUCUGUAUUCACAAAGGUAUAUAAAACCCAUUCAAUUCCAUCCACUUGUUAGCAAAGCCAUAUGGCUUCAACCAGUGGAAGUUAACAGAUUUUGGAUAUUAUUUUCACGACACUUAUUAAAUGCUAUUAUAAGGUAUAUGGAAUGUUUUUUUCAGCAUUUUAAUUAGGAUAUGCAGUGUAAAAAUAGGAUGACUUGUUAUUUCAUAUUGAUAAGUUUUUAUAUAUCAUUCAAUAUAAAAUUAUAACAUCUAUUGCAAGGAAGGCCUACUGUAUUGCCUCUUUCCUGCUUCCUUUUCUGAUGCCUGUUCUGUGCAGUAAGAAUGCAAUUCAUAAGAGAUCACACUGAAUUUUCAAAUAUUAGAUUUUAUUUCAUAUAUACAAAAAUAACUUUCUUAGGAGUUUUCAGGAUUUCACAGUUUUAUACAUUUCAACAAUGAUAAACAACUUAAAUGGGGAAACAUUAGUUCAUUAAAAAAAAAGUUUAACUGAAUAGUACACAUUUGUCCUAUGAAAUUUCACCAAAAUUUUUAUGAUUCUUUUUUAGAACUUCUUAAUCUGAUCUAUGUGGCAAUUUUGUUGUGAUUUACAGUAUGGAAAGACAUUAAAAUUUCCUAUCCCAUUUAAAUCUUCUAUUGUCCUAGGUGUGUCAAUAUUAGUACACAUUUGAAAAAAGUUACCGUUUAAUAGAAAUGUUAAGAGUUGAAGCAAUAAAAAUUAUACUGCAUAAGUCUAACAGAAGUCAUUAUUUUAAAAUGUACCUAAUGAUUUUCUAUCAUCUAAUCUUAGAAACACAAAAUAGCUACAUAUAAUUCACAAAGAAAUGUAGAUCUCGAUACAAUACACAUUUGAAGAAAUGAUAUGACAGUGCAUCCAAGAUAUAUUAUUUUAAUAGUUUCCAAGUUAAAACAUCUUUCUCUAGCUAACACAUUACAUUUUUUUUUAAAAAAAGUAUAACUACUAUAUAUGCACCUGAACCCCUAAUCAGAUUUUUUUCUUACCCUCAUGUUGGGGCACAACUAACAUCAAUUGUUGUAAGACUGGACAUGAUUUUCAGCUAUUGUACUUGAACAUUAGGAAAAUGUUCGAUCUUAUAAAUGGACAAUUCGUUUAAUAGCAAGAAGCCUCAAAAAAUUCAGUUAUGUCGAGAAAGCCGGUAUAAGGCAAGGACAUUGAAAGAAAAAAGAUAAACAAGCGAUCUGAGAUAAAGGUAUUCCUCAACUUACCACAAUAAUUGAACCUGAAAUUAUCAUUAUUAGUCAUGAUGGAUUUUAAAUACAUCAUCACUAGUCCACGCCCAGUUUUAGGGCCUUUUACAGUAGUUGUUAAGUAAACUCAUUGUCCAUAAAUGAGUGCUUUUUUCUGGCAGCCAGAAGUAAACAUCAGUUCCCCAAAAAAUGUAAAUUGCUGUCACAUGACUGCAGGAUACUGCAAAUGCUUAUUUAUGGAACAAUUAUUCAGUAUCCAGAGUAUGAUCAUGUGACUGUCCAGAGGGUGGUCAUCAGAACUUCAAAUCCAGGUAAUGUCCCUUUUUGUGGGGGGUGGGUUUUGUAACUUUCAACAGUUGCUAAGUGACUGGUUGUAAAUUGAGGAUUAUCUAUGUAAUGAAAUAGAUACAUAAGAGGCUCAUUAGUUUGUUGCCUAAGAUUUUGGUUUUUUUCUCAUGGAAGUUGCCGCUUUAAUAUUCUAGAGAAAGGAUUAUCCAGUACAUAUUUCUAGUCACGAUGAACUUUAAUGGAAAACCAAUCCAAAGCAAUUUGCAUCAUAAACAAAAAUAUUUCAAUAUGACAUGAUAAACGCAGCUCUUGAGAUAGUUGCUUUGUUUUCUCUGAAAGUUUCCAAGGUUUAUGAUGGGAACUCCUGCCAAAUGAACCAAGACAAGACAGCAAAAUAGUAAUAAUGUGCAAUUGAUUUAAACUAUAUUUGAUUCUCAGCAGAUAAAAAAAUACUCAAGAACAUGAAUUGAAUGAAUUUCAAAUAUUCCAAAAAAAAAGUUCUACAUUUUACAUGUUUAUUCAAAAAGUGCAUACCUAACUAAUAUCCUUUCUAUCAGUAUCAUAUACAGAUUUGAACAAGAUAGUUUGCAUUCAAAAAUCUACAUCUUUCUCAAAAACAGCAGUUGCUACUGAUUCUACAAAUUGCUGAAACAAUACCUCAUCGUUUUUAAGAACCCAAAGCUUGAGAAAUUAUUAUUAUUGAUAGAUUUAUCAAAUCUUGUGUAGAUAUCUUAGCAGUUAAAUUAUUGCUGUUUAUUUUGGGUAUUUUCUUUUUCCAAAUCUUUUAACCAUAAAAAAAUUACUCAAAUAUUUUGUACAUAAUUAUUUUAAGCUUUCUGCUUCUCUGUGACACUAGUAGGUUGAAUAGAGAGAUACAGAGUUUUUCCUGAAACCUGAAGGGGAUGGUUCCACGUGUGCCUGCCACUCGCACAAAUGGAACUGUACACACAUGCUUGUCAGACUGCUGUGUGUUACAAGUAGAGCUGAACACACUUGUGCACUUGCCGCCUCUUCUGCAACUUGGUUUGGAAUGGGCUAUAGCCCGGUAAGUGGACUGCGGCCUGGGAGUUGGGGACUCUUGGUUUAAAACAUCCCUUAGCUUCUGUUAUUCUCUUUCUUUAGCUCUUGCUCUAAAGUUUUUUUUAUAGAAUUUUCCUUGAUUAUGACAACUGUCUUUCUGAAACAGUAGCAGCUUUUCGUUGAAUAUUCAGUUAUUGGCUAUAUAGAAAUAGGCAUUUUUACAUUAGAAACUAAAAUUAGCUUUGAUUUAGGUCUGAUUCAGCAUGAUUCAUAUAAUUCUGCAUUUUAUUAUAAAUUUAAGAUAAAUGAAAAGCUUAUAUAAAUAUAUAACAACUAUAUAUUCCUGGAACUUCGUAGUCCCCAUGAAUUCAGUAUGACCAAUUGUAGUUUAGGUAUAAUUUUAAAGUUAUCAUAAUUUACAAACUAUAUAAAUUUAUGGAAUUUUUUUUUUUAAAAAAAACUAAAAUACAAUUAAGGACUGCCGUAAUGGGUAAGUAAUGUUUUAAUAACUGUCAUGCACUUUUAUUGAUUUUUUUCAUUUCAUAAUUUUUGGUAAAACUAUAGCACAGAACAAUGAAUAGUAUUUACUGAUCCAUGUUAGUUUAGGCCUUUGCAUAAACCAUUGUUUUCUACUAUUAUUACAUAGGCAUACCUAUACACUUAGCAUAUAUAUUUCAAUAUAUAUUUACUUUGGUACAGAUAAUUAUGUACCCUAAUAUCAGCAAGCAAUAUUGUCAUACCAUUUCACAUACACAUGUUAAGCAAAGACGCAUUUUCCAUUUUUAUACUGAACUUAUACAUGGAAUCGCCCUUACAUGAUUUCUCAUUUACUCUAUUAAUGAAGGAAGGAUAAAUAUACUUUAUCCUUUGAGGAAAGUGGUAUAACAUUUCUGGUAUAUUCUAGAUUUAUUAUCCACAGGAAUUUGCAAUCUAUCAGUUCAGAUCAUUGACAGGAACUCUGCAGUUGCAGACAAAGAGGACACUUAAAAUGUUCUGCCUCCAAUUUACACUUUCCCAAUUAAUCCAUUCUGCACCUCAUUUACUAAAUUUAGCAUCAUAGUACUGUCCUUAGAAGCAUUUUGCCUGUUACAUACUUCUCCAUUGCUGCCAUUCAGUGGGAGGAUAAAUGCAUGGGUCUCUAUUCAAAGUUUUAUUUAUUCAUACAGCCAGACAGCAAAAUCAGUAAAUGGCCUAUAUCACGUGCAGCGAUAUUCUGCCAUUGAGCAUAGAGGUGUAUUUUAUAUCAAAUGCAGUAAUUCUUAUGCAUGGCAGCAAACUAACUCUUCCUGUUACAUUUGGGACCUGUGGUUUAAAUUUCCACAUUAAUGCCAAGAGUGAAUUUUGUGAUGAGCAGUUCUUCCAAGAUGAUAUAAGAGUACCAGAACAAAAAGUCUUGUCCAGAGAAAAUAUAAAAUGUUUCUUGACCAAUUCCCUACUGUUAACAAUUUCUUUAGAAAGCCAUUAAGGCAAAUACUGAUAUUCUGUUCUUCCUCCUUCCUGCUUUUGACAGCACUGAGCUUCUGAGCCUUAAAACCAAAAUCACUUGCAUUCCUUUAAUCACUUGCUAAACUCUCCUUGAACUAAGGCCAAUUGGAAAAACCUUCUGCUUUCCAACAGGAGUGGAUAAUACAGAUCAAGGGCUAGAAACAAAAUAAGACAGGAGUAGAUUGAGUAUUCUGCUUGAGAACAUUUUAUUUUUUUAAAAAAGAUGGUUCAGGUAGAAUCUGAACAGAAUCACGGCUACUUAAAAUGCAGCCCAAACUCUCAUCUAGCAAAGAGCAGUAGCAACAAACCAACUGGAAUGCUAUAUAAUGUAAUAUUAGAAAACAAAGGAAUGAGAAACAGUUAUUUGACUUGAGGAUUCAAUAAUGCCUUCUACUCAAUCUCCAAACAGCAUUAUAUUCAGUAAAAGUAUAGUCAUUUUUUCACUUUAUCCCACUUCAUAACCUUACAAUGACAUUGAAAUUACAGAGUAAAAUUUCAUUUUGGGUACUGGAAUUUCCCUCCUCCCCCCAGACCUAGGUAUACAUAUUUUUAAAUAUUUAACAUCAGCCUAUCUACAGAAUUAAUGCAACAGAAAUAAAUUUCUGUAUAAUAUUUCAUAUUGUUAGAAGCUAAUUUCUAAAUACCAAUAGCAAUUAAGACACAUAUGCAAUUAUUUGCAUAACAUUU